UGACACCUGUUUUACAACAUACCAUUACACUGCAUUCAUGCAUUGCUACAAUAACAAAUGCAGUGCUUACUCCCUGAGUAAGGGGCAAAGCAGGACACUGAUGGCUUUACUAGCUGUAAUUGUGCUUUUUGUUGUAAGAUGCUGUAGCACAUUGUCAGUUGAAGAGCCCUUGUCCUCUAAUGAAGCCAGUAGUACAGACACCACUUAUGGCUUUGUGGCCUGUGUGAUUUCAGUGCUGUUUUAUGGAAGUUAUUUUGUUCCUGUCAAAACGGUUGAUACUGGUGAUGGAAUGUUUUUUCAGUGGAUUUGCUGUUCAGCUAUCUGGUUUGUUGGACUGGUUACGGACACAUUGUUCCGCCCCUCCAGAGCCCAUCCUGCUGCUAUGCUUGGAGGAGCACUUUGGGCAACUGAUUUACCUCUCAGGAAAUAUAACAGCAGUCCCAGUUGUGAAGUUUAUUGGCCUUGGACUUGGAAUUUUGCUUUGGGGAUCCAGUGCAAUGCUAAUUGGAUGGACAAGCUCAAGGUUUGGCUGGUUUGGUCUGAAUCCAGAGGAAGUAUCCAAACCAAUACACAAUUAUUGUGGAGCUGGCCUUUGUCUGCUAAGUGCCAUCAUAUUCUUCUUUGUGAAAACUGAUGUUCAGAAACGCACAUCUGCCGAAACCAUGCCUUUGUUGAUUGAUGAUAGGAGGUUGAAUCCAGACAGCACAAGCCCCAGUGAUUCAUGGGUGGACACAAUUUCACCAAAGAGCAAGAGAGUAUUUGGCUGCAUCUUGGCCGUAUUUUCAGGUGUCCUUUAUGGUUCUUCUUUUAUGCCUGUUUUCUAUAUUAAAGUCCAUGCCACAACCAAUUCUAGUAUGUUCACUGGAUCCAGUCAGAAGGAAACUGACUACUGCUUUGCCCAUUACAGUGGAAUUUUCCUCACAAGCACAGUGUAUUUUCUUGCUUACUGUGCAGUCAUGAAGAACAGGCCUCGGAUUUAUCCCAGAGCCAUCUUACCUGGUUUUUUGUGUGGCCUCAUGUGGGGAUUAGCCACAUAUUCCUGGCUUAUGGCAAAUUACUACCUUAGUGCAGUGAUCACAUUCCCUAUAGUUAAUGCUGGUUAUGGCUUAGUCGCUGCUCUGUGGGGAAGUGUGGUGUUUAAAGAGGUCAAAGUAGGGACUUGGGAACUUGCUGCUGUUUGCUUUGGCUACUUGUGUUGUUCUGGCUGGCUCCCUGCUAACAGCCUAUUCAAAGAUUUGAGUCUGUACGUUAUGUUACCACAAGAUGGCAAUGAUGGAUCAAGUUUUAAGCCAAACUUGCAUAAUGUCAGUUGCUUGGAAGCCCUUGGUGUGAAUUGCACGUUUCUGCUUUAGCAUUUUAAUUGCUAUUAAAAUUAACCCAAGGUGUUGUGUAAGUUCACAUAUUUGAAUUAAACCGUUCCCCCUUUCUGGCUACAGGAAACUGAGUCUUAAGUUUU